AGAUUUGUAUUCCUCAUGCACACGCACAGACAGCAGCAGCAGCAGCGCUUCAGUUUGAGGCAGAGCACAGCGGGGAAACCUCCAUCUACUCUCACUGACGGCUUGUUUUUAUCACCACUGAGGAAACGCCUCGCUCCUUGACCUUACUGUCUCUGAUUUAUGCUGCGUGGGGAAGAAAUCUGAUCGGGCUCUUCGUAAAACAUACAGAGGAGACAAACGGUGGUCUGCAGUCUGCAGCACAACAUAUCAUCUGAAAACCGGAGGAGAACCCAACGCCCUUCCCAGACCGACCAUGCAUACCUGCCUGGGUUGAUGUGUAAUGGAGAUCAAGAAUGCCUGUAUGGUUUCGCGUAGAUAAGUAUGGAUCAUUGACACAUUGAGGUGCCUCUCCUGUGCAUGUUUUUUGGAUCGCUUUACGGGAUCUUAACCUGGUGGAUUUUCCUUCAGUCUCCAAGUCAUCGAAUUUGAAAGCUAAAUAACCAAUGAAUCGGGAGCCUGGAAGCCUCAAGCUGGUCUUCAGAUGCUUGUAGAUUCAAGGUUGCUAUGUGAUUUAUUAAUUGUUAUACAUUCAUCAUAAAAUGGGGAACGGUUUCUCCAACAUUGCUGCAUUCCAGUCCCUGCACAUUGUGAUGCUGGGAUUGGAUUCGGCCGGUAAAACCACUGUACUGUAUCGGUUAAAGUUCAACGAAUUCGUCAACACCGUUCCAACCAUUGGCUUCAACACUGAGAAGAUCAGACUCAGCAAUGGCACCGCCAAAGGCAUCAGCUGUCACUUCUGGGACGUCGGUGGCCAGGAGAAGUUAAGACCCUUGUGGAAAUCCUACAGCCGCUGUACGGACGGUAUUAUUUACGUGGUGGACUCCGUAGAUGUCGACCGACUUGAGGAAGCCAAGACGGAGCUGCAUAAAGUCACCAAAUUCGCGGAGAAUCAAGGAACUCCUCUGCUGGUGAUCGCCAAUAAGCAGGACCUCCCUAAAUCCCUGAUGGUCACCGAGAUCGAGAAACACCUGGCCCUCCAUGAACUGAGUCCCUCCACCACGUACCACGUCCAGCCGGCCUGCGCCAUCAUUGGCGAGGGUCUCCAUGAAGGGAUGGACAAACUAUAUGAGAUGAUCGUCAAACGAAGGAAAUCGCUUAAACAGAAGAAGAAACGAUAGACAAUUACAGAUUUGUAGAGACUUUAAAGGGAUAGUUCACCCAAAAAUGACAACUCUGUCAUCAUUUACUAAUCUCAUGUUGUUUCAAACCUGUGUGCCUCACCUUCUUCUGUUUUUGUCCAUACAAUGAAGGUCAAUGGGGUCCAAAACUAUUUGAACACCACUGACUUUCACUGAACAAAAUCAUGAAAAAAAAUACAAUAAAAUCCUCUUUUUGUGUAUUGUAGUAAAAGGAAAUUUGUACAGGUUUGGGAUGACAUGAAGGUGAUUGGAUGAUGACAGAAUUGCAAUUUUUGGGUGAACUAAAUGUUGCCAUUAAAGACAUGAUGGGUUUUGCCUUGGUGGGCAGGAUUUGGUAACACUUUACAGUAACUUUCAAGAAUAUCAAAAUGCUCAACAGAUCAUUAAUCAAUGUACAUUUAUAGUGUCUGAAACAUUCAUAAAUAUUAAUGUUUGAUUCUACUCGAACUCUUGAUCUGUUCAAAAAGGUAGCUUAAAUAAAAAGACGAAAUAAAUGAUAAAGAGUAAAUUAAAGUAAUAAUUGCUUGUUUUGCAACAUAGCAACUUUGCCUCAACCAAUGGCGUAAUUGCUACGGAAAACAAUCAUUAUUUCUGCAUUCGGUUUUGGUGCUGCUUGUUGCGCAGAAAUUACACACUUUAAGCAUGUUUCUUAUUGAAGUUAUUCUUGAAAGUUACUAUUAAGUGUUACUCUGGAUAAAAAAGUGCUUAAAUAAUAUGCUUACAUAUAGAACCAAAAACGUAAAUAGCAAAAAAAAAACAAAAAAAAAAAAAACGGAGAACUAGUCAAUAAUUUAAAAUGCAUUAAAGUAAGAGAAAAAAAAAUGGGCCGGACCCAUGUUGCUGCUUGAAAUUAACUCCAUAAAUAUCGAUAAUAAUCGUAAUCGCCUGUGCUUUUAAGAAACCCUGUAUGAAGAUUACUUUUGUUAUGAAAUCAUUCCUUAAACUGAAUGCCCACAAGCACCUGUAUGUGAAUUUAAAUGAUUAAAAUGAUUAUUUUGUACA